CAGCCCAGCGCGAAGCUAUGGUGUUCCGACCCAUAGUUCUUCCCGCCCCACCGUGUUCGGAUGACCACACGGCGGAGAUAACCUGGAAGAAGAACCAGCUCCUGUUCUAGGCGAAUCACAGAAAAUUGACAAUUUUGUUGCCUGACUGGAGUUCCAUUUUCCGUCGGUGUCGAUCUUUUCCAUUUGAUCAGUUUCACCGCUGCUCGGGAAUCCAUGGUUUCUUCAUUAGAGUAGUAAAGUAGCCUUCCGGCACCCCUGCUGCAUCAAACCAUAGCAGUGUUGUCUGCAGAAUUUGUAUUUUCCUUCGUCCGGUUUUUUAUCAUCUGCAUCAGCGUUCUGUGUAAAUGUCUGAGGCGAGCAAGAGUCAGGGUACUUGCACUGAACGCUUGAUUGAGGAAAACAAAUGUUCACAACCUCUUCAGGUGGAUCCCGACAAUGGAGUUUGGAUGGAUUUAAAGGAGGACAUGGACGAACUUAACCAGAAGAAAGUUGCAAUGGUGAAGGAUUUACAACUUUUAAGAGAUAGAGUCGAUAAGGCGGAUGCCAAUGUGGUGCAAAAUUUGAAGUCAUGCUUAAAAACUUUGGAGGAUCUUGGGAAACAGGAAUCUGAAUUCAUGUCCACUUGUAAUUCAAAGCGUAGUGAAUUGCAAGAUGAGAUUAUCGAGCUGGGGGGAAGAUUGACUGAAGACCAUGAAUGCUUAAAUUUCUUUGAUAGCUUAGAUGAUUUGAUUAGUGCAUCUGAGGAGGAAUUGGAUUCAGUAAAGAAGGCACUAGCGUUGUCCGUGAGGGAAACAUUAGCAUUAAAGAGGCUUCUUGAUGAUGUGCCAACCCAAACUGAACUCAUCCAGUACGAGCGCCGAUUUUCAGAGCUAUACACUAACAUCCAGGAUAAACUUAGGCAAACACGCAGAUACUAUGCAACCUAUAAUGCACUCUUGGAGAUAAAGGAUUUGAUGUUAAAGGAGACAUCCUUAUUGAAUUCCAUAAGUUCACAGUUUCAAGAUGCCAUAGCCAGCUCUGCGAGCAAAAUGAAACUUAUUGAUUCCAUGGUGGGAAUUCUGAAAGGCAUUCAACAGAAACUAAAUAAGGUGCAUCUCUCUCAUCAAGAAGAGCAGCAGGUCUGCAAUGCUUUGAAAGAGAAGUAUGCUGCAGCAACUGCCGAGCAAAGACGUUGCUACACACUCUUAAAAGCUUUCCAGGAGGAAUGUGCAAAGAAUGAGAAGCUUCGGACCCAAAAUUUCGUGUGAAAAAAUCUUAACAAUUCCCAAUGUGUGUUAGCCUUGAGCGAGCUUUUGUGCUGAGGAGGAAGAAAGAAAGAAAGAAAGAGUUCGUUGGCGAUCAACUUCAAAUGUGCUGCCCUGUCCGACCUCAAAACCAGCCGGUAUGUGAAAUUAGUCCGCCUUUUUAUUGACUUCCGAUCCAUAAUUGUAUAACCUUUCAAGAGAGAAAGCAUUUGUGUGUAUAUUCCCAGCUCUCCUCCUUUGUACCCACAUUCCUUCCUUCCGGAUAAAUGUCUAAUAGAAAAAAAAAAACGUCGAUUCAUGUUUAACAUAUAUAUGCAGAGACAGUAAUCGAAGAGCCCUUUCUGAAGACCAAUUAAGGGUUCGGCUGACAUUUCAUUGAAAAAUAAAGCACAGAAUCAAAUUGUGACUGUGGUUACUGUUGCAUCAUUUCAAUCCGAUAUAGUUUGCCAAAGGUCGGUUAAUACUUUUGAACUCUCAUUCCCCUGAAAUAUGUAUGGAAAGGAUCUAUCAUCAGAAAUUUGUUUGGGGUGGGGUGGGAUUGAAAUAGUCUUGAAUUUGUUUGCUCCCAUUAGAUCCAUAUCUCAUUUUUUGAGUACUAAAAUGGAAGAUUAACGAUUUCUUUUCAUCCUUGAGCUAAA